AUGGCAUCGAUCAAGUCUCUCUUGAAUCCGGCCCCCAAAUUUCCCGUGCAUACCCCUCCUGGAUUUGGUGCUCGAUACACCUUCCCUAACAUAAGCAUGGCAAGAAGUCUACAUCCGGGGCGCCACAAGAUCCCAGUGAAAUACAAAAUCCCCAAAGAUGCUCCCAUUUUUAAGCCAAAUGACCCACAAGGCGAGAUUCGCUAUCCUCCCUGUGAAGACCGUCCCGAUCCAAUUGCUGAGGAGCAUCGACGAUUGGAACUAUUUCCCAUGGAGCCGGAUGCGAAUAUUGGAAAAUAUCCUCGAACUAUUCCUUAUAGAAGCGAGAAAAAGUCCUUCGAAGAGAAGACGGGUCGCAGUAAAUUUGAGGUGUAUCAGUACACAUUCCGAUACGGGGACUCAGGAGAGAGCUGGAUUAUGAUGUGGGAUUAUAACAUCGGACUCGUUCGAAUCACCCACCUAUUUAAAGCACUAGGUUAUACAAAGACAACCCCAGCCAAAGCUCUUGCUCAGAAUCCCGGACUACGCGACAUCUGCCACAGCAUCACUGGAGGAGCAAUCGCAGCCCAAGGAUAUUGGAUGCCCUUCGAGGCCGCCCGAGCACUAGCAGCCAGAUUCUGCUAUCCCAUCCGCUAUGCCCUAACCCCAAUGUUCGGCACGGAAUUUCCAAGCAUGUGUCUAGAAAAAGGACACGAAAACUUCGGCAACAUGGUCUUAGAUCAGAGCGUGAUAGAACGCGCCACCAGAACAGCGCACUAUUACCGCUCUCUUGAAAUUUCCGGAGACGCCCUGGCUGGCACAGAGAGCACGAGUACUUGUGCUUCCUCCUCGGCCUCUUCUGCUUCUCCAGUAUGGAGAGCUGAAAUGCCCAUCUGCCCGCCAGCCCUCCUGGACGAAGACAGAUCUCGCGCGUACAAAUUACCUCGGCGUAAUUAUGCUGAUAGUAUUGCAAGUACGCACGGCUCGUCAUCUGAACCAUACUGCAUGUCCCCUUCGAGUCCGGGUCCGGGUCCGGGCCCUAACUGCUUCACGCCUGUUAAUGUCCCUCGAUCACAUGCUUCUUCACAUAUUUCUCCGACAGAGGCCUUUCUUUCGCGUGCGGCGAGUUCGAGUUUAGGUUCAGACCUAAAGAGCCUCCAGGGUCAUAGCUAUGCUGAUAGCGAGCUUGAUAUGGCGGUUUCGUCAGCGAGCCAGGAACGAUAUUCUCCCCAAGCCCCGAAAUUCUCUCCGGUCAAUAAGAGAAUCAACCGUAUGAUUGAGAAGUCCUCGGCGGCGGGAAAAUACGACGAUUCCGAUACAGAUGGUACGAGUGACUCGGUUGAAAUCGACUCCGUCGAUGACGAGCAGGAUGAAGACUGGCGCGAGCUCGAAUCACCCUCCUCGAUUGGAAGCGGUGCUGUCUCGGACACAGAGAAACCCAAGAGAUCCCCCCCCGCGCUCUGCAAAUGCCAAAGCGAGGACCAUCCAUUCCCCGCCUGUUUCGAAGCAUUUCGCACAGGAGGUCAAGGCUGCGCAUGCUUUGAUUCAUUUGCAUAUGCAGGAGGCCACGGGCGGUGA